AUGAACGCCCUCCAAAAGACCUACAACAGCUUCUCCAGCGGCAUGGAUGAUGAAAAUCUAGACAAAUUACUAAAAAGUUCAGACGCAAUCAUGGGCCGACCUGCUUCAAUGCUGUUGGCCCGAGCUGGAAUCGAUGCUUCUAGGACGGAGCCGUUCUACCUGCUCGACAAUGCCUGCGCUACUGGCACUCUGGGCUCACGUUUACAGAAAAUUGUUGACGCAGAUGUCCUCGAGAAGAGCAGCGUCAUUUGCGGUGACAUUGUUGAACCGUCGCUAGACAUUCUCAAGAAAAGAAUAGAAAAGGAUGGGUGGGUCAAUACAAAAGUCGCAAUCAUUGAUGCCCAGCACUCCAAGUUACCUCCAGGUUCAUUCAGUCAUGUCACCAUUCACCACGGACUGCAUAUUAUUCCUCAACCCGAUCUCGUGCUUGAAGAUACACUAAGGAUACUCCAGCCAGGCGGAGUAUUUGCGCUCAGCACAAUGAGCAAAGAUAAUGCCGGCUGGGUUCCAGAUAUCCGUUCCACGUUUGCAGCGCUGCCAUUUGAAGCCGCCCUACCGAACCCCAUGCCCAUGACCACCAACGGUCACUCGGAAUGGGCCGAUCCAGGGGGUGUCAAGCGCAAGCUCACCGAACACGGGUUUCAGGACAUUAGGGUCGAGACGAUCCGGCACACGCAGCACAUUGACAGCGCUGAGCACUUUUUUGACUGCUUCGCCAUGAUGAUGAGUUGGCUGGUAAACACCUACUGGACCCCGGAGCAGAAGGCGAAAUACCAAGGCUCCCUCAAGCGGCGAAUGGAAGAUCAUCUCAGGGAGAAGUAUGACGGCAAAGGCUGGGACUUGGAGUGGACGAUGAUUCUAGCUACAUGCCGCACAAGGUAA